AGAGACAUUAGACCAUGUUAGAAGAGGCCCUACGUGACCCCAACAAGCACCCGGCGGAGGUUGCCACGGCAAUGCUCUCCUUCAUUCGUUCAGAUUUGGUCAAUGGAGGAUCCUCGUCGGAGGAGCGGUUCUACCAGCUCUUUUUGCCACUGUGCAAUCGGGUUUUUGGGGAAAUAAUGCAAGACAACAAGUUGGAAUAUAAGCACCAAGCUGGUGGGUGGCUGUCUGCCGAGCAACGGUGGAAGACGCCGUCUACGACGCAAGUCCAGCAGCAUUCUUAUGGUCGGUCUGUCAAGCGAUCACCACCACAACAAUCGACCAAGAUCCGGUGGUGCAGCUGUUGGGGCCAGUUCCACGGUCUUCUUCAAGCAGAGUUGGCAACAAGGAAAAUGAAAACUAUCCCGCCCUCUCAUUGAUUGACACCAUCUCAGAGGGCAUGGCCACACGUCAAACAGGGUACUUUGUGUUUCCUUUUUUGGCACUGCCCCAACCCAUGCAACAACAAUUUUUGGCGGGUUCUCGAAAGGCGCCUGAUUGGGAUCACUCCCAACCUCUCACAUGCCCUUGAGCAUGGGGCAUCCUGCCGAUCCAGAUUGCCCAGCAAGUGCUUGUCAGCCAGAAUUCCAAUCGGCUAUUCGGAUCCCUCCUACGAGUGCCUCCGGACCAGCAAAACCACAUUGUGGCUAUCAACA